AGUGAUUUGAUUCUAUGACGACGGUCAGAAAUAAUGCAGCGAGGAGACCUUCAGGUUUGAGCUCAGGAUAAUUUUUCUUUAUUUUUUUUAAAGGUUUAUUUUUUCAUAUCACUUCAGCCGGUCACUUAUUUACUAGGAAGCCAGAAAGUGAGGAAGUUCACAGGGACUGAAGGGAGCUUCUGAAACACAACUCAUUGUUGAUCUGUGACUUUGAGAUCCAGCUCAUCGAAACCGAACUGUGUUCACUCGGUACCGUCUCGUCUCCUCUCGCAGGAUUCGUCCAAAGGAACAAAACAUGUGGGCGCAGUGUGUGCUAAAGGACAACCGGCCAUGUUUGAAUGUCAGAUUCAGUAUGCCUGUCCUGUCCAGCAAUAAAAUCCUGGUGAGCAGCAACAGGCCAAAGUCUAAGGAGACCAACCGGCUUGAAGAUGAAAUAGUCUAUAACCUGGGUGAAGAUAUUUCUUGGAUGCCUUCUGCCACUCGCAGCACCAUGAGGUAUCUCAGCUCUCGGCACAGGGAAGUCAGUCAGUGGCAGGCCCAGUUUUCUGAGAUUAUGCGCCAGCUGGAAAGAGAAGUCACUGCUCUGGAGCAGCUGAAAGACAUUGUUGACAGCUUUCUUCAAGAGAUGCAGUUGUGCCUUCAGCUGCUGAGCGACUGUAUUUCAGUCGUAAACAGCCUGAGUCCAGCAGUCCUGAGCCAGGACCCCGUCUAUGCCGAGCUGAGGAAAGAAGAGAGGCUGACGAACGACAGCGGAGAAAUUCUGCGGGCGCAGGUCUGCAUCCUGCUCAGCAAAAUAAGUUCUCUGAAGAACAUCCACAGUCAGCUGGGAACAGAUUUACACAACAAAGGUGAAGCCACCAAGUUUACCAUGAAAUGCAUGACCCUUGAACUCAACACGCCGAGCUCCUGCCCGCCUGUCGGUCAGUACAAGCCUCACCAUGUGGGCUAUGACACGUGGCUGUCUCACUGCAAAGACCUGAAGACGGCGGCCAACAUCCUGAUGAAGGACUCUUCUUCCUUCAGGGGAAACCUGAGGUUCUCUAUGGCCAAUAUAAAAAAUACCCAGAAGCGUCAGCGACGCAGGACAGACGAGGCUCUGAGGAAGAAAAUCCACGAAUUGACCAAAAACCAGGAAAUGCUGCUCUUGGAGAGGAAGCAGAUCAGUGAUGACAUUUCUGAUCAGACCAAAGAAAUACAGAAACUGAAGUGUGAGAUCAGGAGCUGUGACACCAAACUGCAUCAUGCUUCCCACCGCCUGGACAUCCUCAACCAGAGACCUGGAUAUGAGCUCUGCCGGGACUUGCCACACAUCAGCCUCACGCUGGAGAAUUACGACCUGGUAAAAAUAGGAGCUGGACUUCGCUCAACGCUGAAGCUCUCUCAUCAGAACCUGGAGCUCCAACACAAGCACCUGAUGAUCGUCGAGGAGAAACUGGCCAAAAAAACACACAUCCUAGAGGUGGAGCAGAAGUGUCAGAGCCUACUUCAGACUUUCCAGCCUGCCCAUGACACCGUCGUAGUACUCGCCAACAAGGCCAAACUUCACAAGACCACGAGCAGCUCCAGCUGUCAUGAAUGCUUUCAGUAGGGCACAUCUGCAGUCUUUUAUUCAUUAAAACACGUACGAGCCAACUCCCCUCGACUUGUUUGGAAUCAGUCUGCGCUUCCUCUUUGUUUUCAAGACUGAAA